GAGGAAAGGAGCAGACUACCAUGUCCUCUGUAUGUUAUAUAUCGCCGCGGUUACAUUCGUCUCAGUAUUCAAAUCAUUGAAAAAUAUUCGCCACUGUCUCCUCAACGACAUGGCUUCACAAUCGUUAAUACUUCUCUCUCUGGUCCCGUUCUGUCUAGCAGGCCUUCAGGUCCCGUUGACGAUUAUCAAUUUAUCACCUUUUCCAGCGGUGAUUGACAUGAAUGGGGAUUCCAAUUGCAUCAAGGGGUCAUUCAACCCUAGUGAUCUCAACUCUUACUACUCAAGCUGGCCCAGCUCGAACCUGGUCAACGAUUACGAUGAUGGCAAAAUUUCCUCUGAUAUGGACAACUUUCUCCAAACGUAUAAACAAAUUUUUGGCAUCAACGACCUGGGAUCGCGGCGGUACUCCAUGUACAGCGGUGUGACAACCCUACCAGCGGCCGCGGUCAACCAAACUACUCCGUUUGGCGUUUUCGAGACCGAAAUGGCGGGUAGCGGCACCUGCUUCGGGUCCAAGUCAUGGAAGAAGUUCACAAUUACAGCUGGACCGACGACGACAUUCCUUCAAAUUUACGACCCUCCUACGUCGAAUUGGCAGAUUAUCAAAGAUCCCGAUGGGCCAAACCCUCUGGCGGUUGACAUCGGCCCGGGUGGUAAGGCCAAUGUGGUUCGCGUUGUUAUCGACGCCGUCUUUGGCGCCGCGACCAUAGCCUUAACUUUUUUUGGCCUCACUGAACUGGGUGUGGCGGCUCGUGCAGGAGCUCUGGCUUUGUCGGCGGCGACUCCGGCAUUCUAUACUUCGACAGUUCUUGUCCCUGGUAUAAUCAAUGCUCUGAUUGUCGGCGGAGUCACGGUCGUCGUCGGCGGUGGAGGUUUCGCAGCCGUUGCACUGGUCCCAGGACAAGACCAGGUCAGUGGAGCUCCUAAGACAGUCACGCCAAAAUCUCUUGGGUUCUACGACGUCUAUUCAGGUAUCGAUCUCUCAGACCGUAGUUGUUGUCUGAUGGGCGAUAAUAUCAUGGGCGAAUUUGAUUGCCUUGUUGCCAGUACAUCAAUCGUUAUUCAGGCCGACGGCACAACGUUUGCGAUUCCUAUGCCACAAAUAUCGAGAGCAUGGACGUAAAGUGUGCCCACGAACAGCCACUCGAAAGCCAGGCGGUACAGCGCAAUAUUCAAGGGAACACCAAAGAGAUCUCAAGGCCAAAGGACUGGAUGACACAGUUAUCAUGUCGAAGAUAGCUCAGGCUCGCGUCCACAUGGCCAAUAGCACAAACAUCACCAAAUUUUGCACAUUGAAAGGCAGGGUUCGUUGUGGGGAAAUCAUCCCAGAAGAAGGUAUACUAUUACAUUAUAUUUCUGAUAGUCAAAAUACCGUAACGUAAUACUUGGAC